UUCUGCCACACAAACAAUAGCUCCUCCCCAGCCUACCACUGUGCGUCCUAGGACGCGGACAAGACUGUCCAGUCACGCCACGCUGGUCUUCAAAGCCCUACUUUGCUGUGCAUGCUCUUAAUGUCAAACUAGGUUAAUACGUGCGUUGCAUGUAACUUUCAAGGAUGCGGGCGCGACGGCUGCUCCAUACUGCCAUCGAAAGGCGCUCUGCAUUUGCACGCCUGAGCGAGCAGGACCUGGCGUUCUUCCAGUCCAUCCUGGGCAACUCGGGAGUCAUCACUGAUGCAGACGCUCUCGUCCCGUUCAACCAGGACUGGCAGAAGAAGUAUGAGGGCAAGAGCCGCGUGGCGCUGCGCCCGCGCAGCACGGAGCAGGUGUCGGAGGUGCUGCGCUACUGCUCGUCUCGGCGGCUGGCGGUGGUGCCGCAGGGGGGGAACACGGGGCUGGUCGGGGGCAGCGUGCCUGUGUUUGACGAGGUGGUGCUGUCCACCGCCGCCAUGAACAAGGUGCUGGAGUUUGACGAAGUGUCUGGCACGCUGGUGGCUCAGUCGGGCUGUGUGCUGGCGGCGCUGGACGAGCACGUGGGCGCCCGGGGCUUCAUGAUGCCUCUGGACCUGGGCGCCAAGGGCAGCUGCCACAUAGGAGGCAAUGUGUCCACCAACGCGGGCGGACUGCGGCUGGUGCGCUACGGCUCCCUGCACGGCAGCGUGCUGGGCCUGGAGGUGGUGCUGCCGGAGCCGCUACUGCCGCCGCCGCCCUCACGUGGCGGCGGCGGCGGCAGCAGCAGCGGCAGUAGCAACGGUGCUACAGCCUCUGCUGCUGCUACUGCCGGCUCCACUGCAGACGGGCGGGUGCUGGACCUGCUGCGCACGCUGCGCAAGGACAACACCGGCUACGACCUGAAGCAGCUGUUCAUCGGAGCGGAGGGAACGCUGGGUGUGGUCACGGCCGUGGCCAUCCAGUGCGCGCCGCGGCCCGCCUCCGUGCAGUUGGCGCUGCUGGCCUGCCCCACCUUCGCCGCCGCCUGCACCACACUGCGCGCCGCGCGCCGGAUGCUGGGCGAGGUGCUGUCGGCUGUGGAGUUCCUGGACAGCGCCUGCUCUGAUCUGGCUACGGCCUACCUGGACGGCGUGCGCAACCCGCUACUGCCGCAGGACGCCGCGGCGGCUGUAGCAGGCCUGGGAGAGGCGGGCGACACGGGCGGCGGCGCGGCGGUGGUGGCACGGGGGAGAGGUGGCGGGGAGGAGGGGCUGGAGGGCGGGGGUGUGGGCGACGACCGGCAGUUCUACAUGGUGGUUGAGACGCACGGCAGCGAUGCGGAUCACGACACGCAGAAGAUGGAGCGCUUCCUGGAGCACGUGAUGGCUGAGGGCUGCGUCACGGACGGCACUCUGGCGGCCAGCGAGGCGCAGGCCAAGACCAUAUGGCGGCUGAGGGAGGGCAUUGCGGAGGCGUUGGCCAGGAGGGGCGCGGUGUACAAGUACGACGUCAGCCUGCCCACCGCCGUCAUGUACGACCUGGUGGAGGUGCUGCGGCAGCGGCUGGGGGCGGCUGGGUUCGGGCCGGAGGGGGGCGUGCAGGUGAGGCGGGAGGGGGGCGUGCAGGUGAGGCGGGAGGGGGGCGUGCAGGUGAGGCGGGAGGGGGGCGUGCAGGUGAGGCGGGAGGAGGGCGUGCAGGUUGUGGGUUAUGGGCACAUUGGCGACGGCAACCUACACCUCAACAUCUCCGCACCCAGGUACGACGACGACUUGCUGCACCAGAUCGAGCCGUACGUGUACGAGUUCGUACGGCAGCACAACGGCAGCAUCUCGGCGGAGCACGGCAUCGGGCUCAUGAAGGCGGGCGCGCUGCCGUACAGCAAGGGCCCCGUGGCCAUCGAGCUGAUGCGGCGGAUCAAGGAGACGGUUGAUCCGUACGGCAUUCUCAAUCCGUACAAGGUGCUGCCGCAGCGAUAGUUGGGGGGUGGGGUGAGGUUUAGCAGGGGUGGCUGCGCGCCAGGGGCGGCGGCGGGGGUACGUGGUUGGGUGUAAUGCCGGAAUAGCAGGUCGGGGUGCCGCGGGUUGAUGAGCGGUGGCGCGCUGGGUGCGUGAGCAGGAGCAUGGAUGCGCCAAUGCAGGGGUGCAAGGCAGCUCUUAGGUGGCUAUGAGGAGUCGUGUAGGUGGGCAGGUGGAACCGCGGAGGCUGAAGGCUGGUGGUGGUCAUUUCCAAACCCGAAUCUAGCAGGACAUUUGCCUCAUGGCAGAAAGGUAGAUCCCAUGGCUCUAAGGGUGGCCUGCCGAGGAGUGCACGAGGUAGCAAAACCAGCGCUUGGGCGAUGGGCGCGUGGGAGGCGGCUUGGCACGCGGUAAGGAGUGCCGGAGUGCUGGAAUGCCAGAGUGCUGGACUAGUGGCACGGGUCAGAGCGCGCGCCUGACGCGCCCGCCGCUGGCUGGUCGCAUUUUUUCAAAGACAAUGGUUAAUAAGUUAUUAAGGAGAAGAAAGGGGAAAGCCGGGAAUGCUGGAGGGCUGCAACAGUGGCAAAGCCGCAAAGCGCGCGCCUGAUGCGCGGACCGCUGGCUGGUCGCGUACUCGCACGCUGCAGCCAGCUGCAGCGGAGCGUUAGGCGGGACCUGGGGCUCAGUGGGCUCAUUGGGCUGGCACCUGAGUGCUGGUGGCUUGACGUUGGCCUAGCCAGUAGCCACCUGGUGCAAACGCUGUGCAGGGUCUGGUCGUCUGGCGGGGCAAGUGUGUGUUGGGCUGCAAGGUGGUGCGCACGACCUGUGCCUCGUGAAAACCGGC